AUGAUCAAGCCGGAACCAACGAGGACGAAAAACCAGGCUCCACGGUUCUACCGGCAAUAUAUUGAUGAGAACGACUCACUCAGUGCGGCACCCAGUCCGGUAUCUAGCUUGCUUCCACCCCACCUUAGAACGCCGUCCUUACCAUCCAGUCGCAAUGAGGCAAAGGAUGCCACUGGUCGAGCUCAACCGCGACGUUCCUUGGAUAUAGCCUCCAAAGCACUGGGCAUCAAGAGUUUGACCCUCAACAGCACAGAUGCUGUGACCCAGACCACGGCGCCGCUUUUAGAUGCGCGCCCAACCCUCACCCUCCAUCUUCCCAACGGACGCGUACUUCCUCCACUCUCUCCAACAGCAUCAAACUUCAGUCCCCGCGUUCGAUCGUCUAGCUUAGGCCAAACUGGCAGUCAACAUGUCGGUCAAGCUUCAGGUACCGGUCACUACCGUAGUGCCAGUCACACGUUUUCCUCACCUACCACACCAAUAGCGAUACUUCACCCGCCGCGGCCCCCAUACUGCAAUGCGAGCAGUGGCCCUCUCCUCUUUAGAAACCCUGUCCCAAGCCCCGUGAUAACAAUUCGAGAGCCUUCACCCCCGCCAUCGGAGUCGCGAUCUGCAGUCCAGACCCAAACACAAAGUCGAAAGAACAGCACUGAUCUUGGUGAAACGGCGACGGCCCGACUCGAACAGGUACCAGGAGGCGCAGCGGCGUUCAGUGGACGCGUGGAGAAGAGUGUUUCUGCGCCUGACGCUUUAGCCAGCGGAGAUCCCUUGCUACGACAGUCAGGCUCGCGGCCUUCUUUGGAGGAUAAUACCUACAGUCACGAUCAUACUCCUGACAUCGCAGGACGGCGCGAGGUUCGGCAAAGAGAGACAAACGCACCGAACCCAUGCCAGGAGACAGAAGAACCCAUGCUAGACAAUAUUAGCGAUAAGGCUCCUUUGUCUCCACCAGCACAUCGGUCUUCUUUUGAUAGCAGUAACAAUCAACGCUCUCGCGGCCGUAGUAUGGAGCUCACGAGAACAAAGCAUGUCCGACGUCCCCGCCACCGGGCAUCAACACAACCCCUGCAGAUGGCAGACCCGAUGUUCAUCUCCAUAUCAGGCAAAGAGUUCUCGUCACAGGGUAACGGCGGGAGCUCACGUUCGUCGCUUGAAACUUCUAGUCGCGAUCGCAGCCUUACCCUCCCGGGAAGCCUGCCGCAGCAACCGAACGACAAUACAUCGACCAAUUCUCUUCAAACGACAGUGAGAGGGUCAGUUCCAGACACGAGAUCGGUAGCAGUCACCAGGCUCACCUCUCUUAACUCGCACCCACCAUCGUCGGUGAUAGAGCGGGAGCAUACUCGAAGCCAGAGUUUGGAUGUGAACCACCAUUCGGGUCCUCCGGCUGUUCCUCGGCACAUAUAUGCGUCUCUCCCCUUACCUAGGAUCAGAUUACCCUCUAUACAUUCUAAGGCAGAUGCGUCCUCUGCACAGGCCACGGACUCGGAGGCAACAAUCUCCCACUCUGCAGGUCCAGCUUCAUCCCUUCCAACUGGGCCGCGAACUCCAACGCAUGCUGUAUUUCCUCAUCCGCAACCACAGCCACAACCUCAAUCUGAAGCCAUGUUUACCUCCCGGGCGUCGUCACUGCCCGUUACAACACCACCUGCAUUCUCUUCGCCAGCACCCAAUUCACACUCCGCUCUCCAGUCACUAUCACCGCACCUAGAAGCUCACCAGCCCACAACCCGUCUAUCUUUGAGCAAGUUCACCACCCAAAGUCUCACCACGCUACGGGCAGUUGCAUCUGCAUCCAAGAUCCACUCAUCAUCAACUUCAUUGUCGACCCCGAGGUCCAAGUCUAACUCCAGCUCCAGCUCAAAUUCGACGGCCUCAGCGUCAACAACUUCAGUCCUAACUCCCCAGUCACCGCCGUUUCGACCCCCCUCGCCAACAGACACUUCCAAUCUACCCCUAGCCACCCUAACGCAGCACAUGAAGACUCAAUUAGGUCAAGCGAGACACCUUCUCGCCACUCUAUCCCACCAUCUCCCUCCAGCAGAAAACAUCUGGAUCCACGAUACAGUAUCUGAUGCAGAGGGUACAGUCCGCGAGAUCCUGAUGCUGACCGAGCCAUUGCGGGUAGACCGAGAAGUCAACAAUGGCAAACUAGGUCUCAAGACGCAACUCAAAUGGGCGGUUCGGGGCUCAUGGAAGGCCAAAGACAUGAGGGCGAGACUGAAUCUUUGCUAUUCAAGUCUGGUGGCAAUUUUGAUGAGAUUACAGGAUUAUGAGGCGGAGUACGCUGAGUCUGUCGCUGAGCAUGCUGCCGCGAAAACCGAGACGAUGACGUCAGAUGAUAGGAACCCAAUGACAAGCACUAAUGUGCAUGUUGAGGGACCUACCACGAGCGAGUUAGAGAGUCUGCACAAAUAUUCAGCAAUGCAGAUGGAGGGUCUAUCGUUGGAGUCAGUCGUCGACGAGCAUACGGGGAUAGAGACACGUUCAGCAGGCCCGCAGAGCCCGAUCUCUACAAUAUCAAGAGAAGAGAGCAUAGAGCCCGCUCCAGAGAAACUGGACAAUGAAUUGGUGGACAUGCUAUCCUGGCGAUGGUCGCAGGGGCGGGAAAAAACAACGCAGUGA